GCAGAUCCGUUUGCCGGCCACGCUGUAUGCGCUUGGUAUGCGCCGCAAAUAUCGUAAAUAUGACGCAGUUUUGGUUAAAGCUAGGGCAAAAUGGGACAAGUUUUGUAUUGUUUUGAACGUUCACUGCAAGUUCUUUUGUAAAUGGUGGUCGUCACAUUAUCGAGAUCAUCACUUGGUUAGCUAUUCUUGUGAAAGACAUCAACGUGCGUGUAUCAAAGGUGCUGCUUAAAAAUUCACAUCUUAAGUACCUACAUAGUGCUUCUCAAAGACAUUUGAAAGCUGCAAAUGAAUUGUUGAAGGGACAAUAACUGUUCUAAUCUACACCAACAUACCGGGAACAUGUCGAAGCACACCUACUUGUCAUCUAGAUCCAUUGGAUUGAUCAAACGUGGAUCAGUCACCGCCAGAGAAUCUGACACCUCUCAGCUGCAAGAACCAGAGCUAACACUCACUGGAUUCGAGAUAUCGCAGAAGGCACUCAUGCCGCCAAGAUAUGCCAGCGGAUGUUAUUCGAUACGGUUUGCUCCCGGAGGUGGCGCACUGGUCGGGGGGUUCGGUAAUGGAGCCGUCCUGAUGUAUGAAAAAGACGCUCAGGGCCUUUUCACACAGCAGAGCACGCUGCGUAAGGGCUCCCGCUAUGCAGACGAUACUAUUAUGGCCGUCCGCUUCCACCCAAAGCAAAGCAAGAUUCUCUACUCGUGCGCAAUAUUUGGAACAAUUUUCCGACACAACUUGACGGGAAAGCCAGACGAGAAAUGCGAGAAGUUUGCCGAAGAGAACAACAACCGCAUCAACGCCAUUGAUCUGAACAUGGCCGGCGAGCUGCUGGCGUCUGGUGGGAAGGACCUCAGUCUGCGCAUCUAUGACACUCAGACCAAGGAGUUGAUCCAGGAGUACAAAGGCUAUCACCCGAGUACGCCGCAAAAGGAAAGUGGCGGCCACGCGCUGAGCGUGUUCUGCAUCAAGUUCCACCCGGACCAGCGAGAUGUGCUGCUCACCGGCGGAUGGGACGACACCAUCAAAAUCUGGGACAUGCGCACAGACGCCGGUAUGAUCGGAUCUUUGGGAGGACCGCACAUCUGUGGAGAGGCCAUCGAUAUCAAGGGUGAGACGGUUGUGACGGGCUCGUGGAAGGCCGACCAGGCCAUCCAGCUCUGGGACCUCAGACAGAGGCUGCCCAUCAAGUCACUGGCCACGUUCCGAAAAACGCACGUGGAGGGAGACAACAUCUACGCUGUUCAGUUUGCUCGCUCCGACCCGGACGGCCACCACCUACUGACGGCUGGAUCAGGAACCAACAGCUUCCAGUACAUCAACCACAUGACGGAAAAGGUAAUUGGCACGGGAGCGACUCAGAAGCCCUUCUCCACCGUGGACAGCACCGGCCAGGUGCUGGCGGCGGCCGGUGGGGACGGCUGGAUCCGCCUGCUGCACGUGCCCGGCCGACGUCACUGAUGGAGGCAGGCUGAGACUGCGGAGAUGACAGACCCAAGGGAGAGAGAAGGGAGAUGCAGGACUGAGAUACAGGACUGGAGGGAACGAGAGAGACGGUAUGGACUCCGAGGGAGAGCUGAGACGUGAACUACGGGAGGUAAUGCAGAGAAGUGUGAGAAUGUAGGAUGAUGAGAGGAAUGUGAGAGCCAAUGUGAGGAAUUUUGAGAGCCAAUAUCGCAUCCCACGACUGGUGUGUGAGUUGGAAUCCGGAUUUUCGUUGUAUCGAUGUUGUGCGUUGCAGUGGUUGUGCUGUUGUUGAGCUGGUUAGUGUAAUUAUGUGACAUAUUCUGUGUUCUUUGCAAUUUCCAACUAUCCAACAAGUCCAACGAAUGACGCAAGCUGGAUACUGGAUACUUUCUACAUUCGCAGAUGACUGCACCACUAGUGACGUACGUGAUUACUGAACCCUGUCUCUCUUAUCGACCCGUGUGUCGGGGGGAGGUCGGAAAGUCUGUUAUUACACGUGAUGCCAUCAA